AUGCAUCUGGAUAUGGAGAAGAGGGGAUCCAGCACUCUCAAGCAGCAACCCUGUCAGGAUGCCAGUGCUCUCCAGCAGCAGGAUGUCGGCAGCUGGCUCGGUCCACAGCAUGGUGUGCCUCAGCAUGCAGAGCCAGGCAAUAGGCACGAGUUUAAGGGGGAUCCAGGCGACACCCAAUUUCUGUCACAGCAAGUCAGAGAAGAUGGAGCAGCCAGUGAGGAGGUGGUUCAGUGCGGGAUGGAAGCUGCCCUGAAUUUUGACACUGUUCCAGAUCUGACAUUAGACAGUCCUAAUUUUGGUCUGUUUGAAAUGAACACAGACGAUUGUCGGCUGUGGGGGUUACGAGUGGUUGUUCCUAAGAAAUUAAGGGACCAGUUGAUUUCUGAACUGCAUGAACACCACUGGGGAAUAGUGAAGAUGAAACCCCUUGCCAGAAGUUUAUUCUGGUGGCCAGCAGUAGAUGAGUGCAUUGAACAGGAAGUCAGUGAGUGUACUAUUUGUCAAAAGCAGCGUAGUAUGCCUUGUACUGCGCCAGUGCAUAAAUGGAAAUGGGCUGCCAGCCCCUGGGAGAGAAUCCAUCUUGACUUUGCAGAGGACCACAAGCAGAUGUUUCUGGUAGUUAUGGAUGCUUAUGCUAGAUGGCCAGAGAUUAUUCCUAUGCAUACUACUACUUCUCUUAAAACAAUUGAAGCAUUGAGAAAUUUGUUUGCUGCUUACGGGUUUCCGAAAGAAGUUGUUACAGAUAACGGUCCUCAGUUUGUUUCGCAAGAGUUUGAGUACUUUCUAAAGAAAAAUGGAGUGCAGCACAUUAAGUCACCUGCGUACCACCCUGCCAGCAACGGAUUAGCAGAGCGCUUAGUUCAAAACCUUAAGAAAUCGCUAGCAAAGAAUCGAGCCAUAGGUGGUAUGUCGCUUGAGCACUGUGUUGCAAAUUUUCUUUUAGGGUACCGAAACACGCCCCAUACCACUACAGGAAAAACUCCUGCAGAGUUAUUUCUAAAAAGACAGGUUCGAACGAGAUUGUCACUGAUCAGACCCCAGUUUUCUCAGAGAAUGCAAAACAAAACAGAACCACCUCUUCCACGUGUUAGAGUUUUCACAGUAGGUCAACCUGUAUUGGUUAAGAAUUACAGGGGAGGGGAGAAGUGGUUGAAUGGAGUUAUAAGAGAAAUCCUGGGUCCUGUAACCUACAGUGUGGAAGUGAAUGGGAAGUGUGUUAAAAAACAUGUAAAUCAGAUGCUGGGAGUAAAUGGAAAUCCAGCUCAGUGGACACAAACAGACUCUUGUACUGGAAAUUUUUGGAAUGAUGAUGUCAUAUACAGCUUUUUGUGA